GAUCUCAACCAGGAGCCCUCGCGCCCCCAGUGUAUCGAUCUUCCGCGGCCCGGGGGAGCUGGUGUUUCAUAGAAGAUACUUCUUAACACCCUCAGCAGAGCCCCGGCAUGCCGGUCAUUGCUGCCUAAGCUGACAUGCCGACGUUGGCUGGUACCUGCCCAUGGAAAACCCAGCUCAAAGAACAGCAAACGAAUGGCAAGCUCAGGAGCUCCCACUCCAUGUGCAUGACCCGGAUGAUCGACAAGUAUGAGAUGCGCAGCCGGGCAAUCAUCCGACGCAAUCCCAAACCAUCCUGUCCCCAGCCUCGAAUAGUUCCGCCGAUCCGACCGAUCAGUUUGCGACACGAUGAUGCGGCCCUGUCGAUCAUCGAACCUGGGGAGGAAAUGCUGAAAGCCAGACGCAAAAGGUGUGCGAUGCAACAUGCCAGCCAGAAUCCCAUUGAACGUGGUCAGUGCGUCUACAGUUGGCACAGCAGUCUACCGCGCACUUAUCGUGAGUCACGGAUAUGGCGACAUCGCUGCGGCUUCAUCGCACACCGCAAAACGCCAUCUUGUCGAGUUGGGCAUUUAGGUGGCGACAGAGCGACUGACAGCAGCAGCACGCGAUAAACCAGCAGCUUUCUGGAAUUUGAAAUCCGAUAAAAACUGGGCCAGAUCAGCCGUGAAUCAACCAUGGAUGCUUGGGAUCCACACGGAUGAGCGACGCGCAAACCACCGCAAGGGAUUCCAGCCCACCAUUGC